UUUACCUCAUAACCUGCAAAUAAACGUUUAGCAUCGUCCAGAAAAUACCAAAUGCCUAAAGUGUCUCUAAACAUCUAAAAUCACAAACAAUCAUGUCGUACUUAUCACGCAAAGACAUCGACGAAUUAAAACCGUUGGUGGAUAAAGCAAUCUACAAAAUCCUAGGCACCAACGACUCAUUUCUCCUCAACAAAUCACUAGAUUACCUGGAAGCAAACUACGACCGCCGAAAAACCGUCGACAAACUCUCCGCCUACGUGGACAGCAAGAAAGCCUCACGUUUAACUGAUAAACUAUUUGAUAUUUUAGACGAUCUGCGUUACAAAUCCAAGAAAAGAAGUUACGAUGACCGCGAGGAGAGCCGAAAACGCGGUAAAACAAACGAACGCGACACAAUCCGCAAUCGCGACCACGACAAAGAAAAAGAGAAAAAUGUUGAUAAAGAAAAGGAAAAAGACGAGAAAAAGUUAUCCAGUUCCGAGAUACAGACCAUGAUGGACAAAGCACAGCGACAAAUCGAAGAACGCAAACGUUCCUUGGAUUCUACAACGAAAAAAUCCGCGGCUGCAUCAAUAGCGAAUAUUCAAAUCCCACCUUCGAGUAUUUACGGUAUCCCGAUGGGGUUGUUAAAUAGAGGAGACGCAGAUAAAGCACGGAAGAUUGCCGCGUUACAGGCGCAGAUCAAAACGAAACUCAGCAGUGGAAUCUUAGCGAAUGCAAUUGUACAAUCUGUCCCAGUUCCAGAUAAACCCACCCCGUUGAUUUUAGAUGAUGAAGGUAGAACUGUUGAUCGUACUGGUAAAACUGUUCAGUUGACACAUGUUGCGCCCACGUUGAAGGCGAAUAUUCGCGCGCAGAAAAAGGAACAGUACAAAUCCGCAGGGAGUUAUAAACAUAAUGAUGAUUCGAAUGAAAAAGUUUUUGAUUUGCGCAUUGGUGUUAAGCCUGCCAUGCGCACAAAACGCGCGUUGAGGUUUCAUGAACCCGGAAAGUUUACGCAGCUAGCUGAGAGAUUGCGUAUGAAAGCGCAAUUGGAGAAAUUACAGAAUGAAAUUUCGCAGAUUGCGAAAAAGACUGGGAUUUCUUCAGCGACGAAAUUGGCGUUGAUUGCGAAGAGUGAAGGUUUGACUGAGGAUAUUCCGGAGAUGGAAUGGUGGGAUUCGGUUAUUCUUGAGGAGGAUUUGUAUACGAUGAAAGGGGAGAAGAUUGCGAUCAAGGAGAAUGUUAUUAAUAGUUUGGUGGAGCAUCCUACACAGAUGAGGUGUCCAACUGAUCCAUUGAAACCUGUCUACAUGCCGGUCUUCCUCACCCAAAAAGAACGCAAAAAACUCCGCCGACAAAACCGCCGUGAGAUGUGGAAAGAAGAACAAGAGAAAAUCCGCCUCGGCUUAGAAGCACCACCAGAACCCAAACUUCGUAUUUCGAAUCUAAUGCGUGUCCUAGGCACAGAAGCUGUUCAAGACCCUACGAAAAUCGAAGCACACGUCAAAGAACAAAUGGCUAAACGUCAAAAAGCCCAUGAAGAAGCAAACGCCGCCAGACAACUCACAGCUGAACAAAAACGCGAGAAAAAGAUUAAAAAACUAAAAGAAGACACCACUCUUGGUGUACAUGUAAAUAUCUAUCGGAUACGUGAUCUACAUGAUCUGCAAGCGAAGAAAUUCAAGAUUGAAACGAAUGCUAAACAAUUGUUUCUCACUGGUUGUGUGUUAAUGUAUCCGGAUUGUUGUGUUGUCGUGGUUGAAGGUGGACCAAAACAACAGAAAAAGUAUAAACGAUUAAUGUUGCAUCGGAUUAAAUGGGAGGAGGAUAUUGUUAAGGAUCCGGAUGGUAAUGAAGUGCCCAAUAAGUGUACGCUAGUCUGGGAAGGUACAAGUAAACAGAGGAAUUUCGGCGAGCCUAAAUUCAAAGUUUGUCCGACUGAGAAAAUGGCGAGGGAACAUUUUAAGAAGCAUAAAGUUGAACAUUAUUGGGAUUUGGCGUACAGCGGGGCCGUGCUUGAACCAACAAUGGAUUCUGAUUAAUUUAGGGCUAAUGAAGUGUAUUUUAGGAUAUGUGUAAAGAAUACAUAUGAUUUUCUAUCAAUAAUUCAGUAUUUGAGCAAAAAUGUGACAAAAUGAUGAAUGUUAGUGUUUUUUGUUAAAUUUUCGCUUGAAAUUUAGUUUUGCAGCAGCAAAAUGAUGAUAAUUGGUUGAUUAGGAUAUAUAUUACAAUGAUUUCUAUGAAUUACAUGAAA